GGGACCUGAAGCCUGCCAACCUGCUCAUCAGUGCCUCAGGCCAGCUCAAGAUAGCUGACUUUGGCUUGGCCCAGGUCUUCUCUCCAGAUGGUAGUCGCCUCUACACACAACAGGUUGCUACCACGUGGUACCAAGCUCCUGAACUUUUGUAUGGUGCUCAACAGUAUGACCAGGGCGUCGACCUAUGGGCCGUGGGCUGCAUCAUGGGAGAGCUGUUGAACAGGUCCCCUCUUUUCCCGGGAGAUAAUGACAUCGAGCAACUCUGCUGUGUGCUUCACAUCCUGGGCACCCCGAGCCCUCGGGUUUGGCCGGAGAUCACAGAGCUGCCCGACUACAACAAGAUCUCCUUCAAGGAGCAGGCGCCGGUGCCUCUGGAGGAGGUACUCCCUGAUGCUUCUGCGCAGGCCUUGGACCUGCUGGGUCAGUUCCUCCUUUACCCUCCACACCAGNCAGUUUGCCUCCCUCAGGCCCUCCUGCAUCAGUACUUCUUCACGGCUCCCCUGCCUGCCCACCCAUCUGAGUUGCCAAUCCCUCAGCGCCCAGGGGGGCCUGCAGUGAAGGCCCAUCCUGGCCCUCCCCAUGUCCAUGACUUCCAUGUGGAUCGGCCUCUUGAGGAGUCGCUGCUGAAUUUUUUGAACCCAGAGCUGAUUCGGCCCUUCGUCCCAGAGGGGUGAGAUGCUGACCUAGUCCUGUCUGCUUGCCCCAGGAGCACCUGGACACCCAUUCCUCUUUCUCUUCCUGACCUGCAUCCAUGGCCUCUCCGAGGCCACACACUCCACACCUUGUCCUGCUCCUUAGCCUGCUGAGGACUGGGCACCAGGAGGCAGAGGUCACACUCCAGCCCAAGGUGGUGAUGAGGUCCAUCCCAGCAGAGAAGAGGCCUACAGCCUGCUCACUCAGCCACCAGAAACAGUGAGCUGCAUCCUUGCCCAGGACCACUUUGCAGUGGUGCCCCCUUCCUUAGACAGAUCCAGGCUCUGUCUCCUGAAUCAGGACAUUCCUGUCAAUAGCACUGCCUAGGGGAGGUGCGGAGAAUAAGCUGUCCUCAUGCUGGACUCAACAGCUGGGAAGGCACGCUUGCUUUGGUUUGGUUCUCAGAGCACUCUGGGUCAGGAUUUGAGAUUUAUGUAAGAGCUCCAGGUGGUUUUCCCUGUCUUUGUUCCUUAUCUGUUCCUAUUAGAGAAACCGAUGGGGUGGCCCUGUCUAGCAGCCCCUGGAUCACAGGGAUAGCACACCCAGAAGGUUCCUUCAGUCAGGGCCACUUCUGUCAGGAGGCUUCCUGUGUAUGUCAUGUGACUUAGUACUCACUUUGAGGUGAGGAUUCCAGAGAGGAGGCCCAGGGGUGGGCGGGCUGGCUUCUGCAGAGCACCUUCCACCUGUGGGCUGUUAAAGAGCCACUGCAGGAUGAGGGUGAGCCCCAGGCAGCUGGCUGUGCAGAUAGGCAUUCCUGGGAUUCAUUUACUCAACUUACUCAUUUUAUUCAUAUUAUUCAGUUUAUUCAUUUAUUCAAUAAAUUCCAGUGCCACCCAGCCAGGUUAUCUUUCUUAUUUCACAGUUAAUGUAAGAUUAUCUGAAAGAUAAUAAAAUGCCAAGGACCAAGAGGAGGAAGCACCAAAAGGAUAAGACUUACCUGGCAGAUGUGAAGACUUACAGGGUUACAGAAUGACUGGGAUAGGGUAUUUCAGGGACAGAUUAGCUAGGAUGUUAGAAUCUUCACAUACAUAACACACUUGGCUAGGAGUUGUGGUACACACCUGAAGUCCCAGCACUCAGGAGGCUGAGCCAUGAGGGUUGCCUAGAGUUCAAGGCUAGUCUGCUACAGUGUAAGAUCCUGUCUCAGAAAAAAAAUUGUGAGUGUGUGUGUAUGUGUGCAGGUGUGUGUGACACAUACUGGUUGUUUUGUGAGCACUGGGGAUGCAGAGGUGACUAAGCACUUGUCCAAAUGCUUACAAGGAAGACCCAGAUGUUGCUUUCAUAAAUCUGGAUGUC